AUGGGAGAGAUAAGGGGGCGUGAAGGUUUCCAGAGGCCGCUGCUGUACGCCCAGCCUGGUCCAAGAGACCCUUCUGGGUGCGCAAGUAAGCUCGAGCGAGGGCUGCCUCCCAAGGCUCCCAAAGGAAGGUCUGUACCAGAGGCCGUGUUUCUUGCAAACUCUAGCGCUGCACCAAAUGAGGAAUGCCAGGGAACGGCCCCACUUGUCAAGUCGGAGCAGCAUGUUCUAUGGCACAGCCAAGGAUCCAGCAACCGCACCGACGAGGCUUGGGGCAUGCGCACCUGGUCCCCUCGGAUGGCUGCGCAACGCCCACCAGCAUCAUCGACGUCAGCGGCCUGGGAACAUAAAAGCCUGACCACAUCACGGCCACCGACUAAGAAAGUUGAUGUGCUGCAAAAAACCGUUAAUUUAAUACUGAAAGUGGAUGAUCUGGAAAACAGAAGCAGGAGGAAUAACUUAAUCAUCUAUGGCGUAAAGGAAGCUGUAGAAGAAGACCAGCCGUGCCUUGAGCAAAUAGUUUCCAAGGAAAUAUUUCAAGACCUGUUAAAUAUACGAGAUGUACCAUUUCAACGCAUUCACAGAAUUGGAAAGCCUUCUGCAAACAAAUGCCGACCGGUUAUUAUCAAAUUACUCGAUGGAAGAGACAAGGGCAAGAUUCUUAAAAACUGUAGGAAACUAAGAAAUUCGGAAUUUAGCAUCUGUGAAGAUUUCUCACCUCGUGUGCAACAAAUUCGAAAAAAGCUCUGGGAUAGCGCAAGAACGAACAGAGAUAAGGGCGAUAAGGUUAUGCUUUUUUUCGACAAAAUUAAAAUCAAUGGCAAACAAUUCCGUUGGGAUGAGGAUAGAAAUGAAAGAGUGCCGUUUGCUACGCAGUGA